CACAGAUAAGCGGCAACUAAAUCAGUAGGCGGAAAACGGCGAGUCUCCUACCGCUUGUAAGCACUUUAGAGCUCAGUUCAAUUGGUAAUUCAAUACAGAGCAGAAGCAGUGGCUCUCUAUAUACAAAAUGGAACUGAAAUUCCACAUAAUAAUUUUUGUCGUGCUCGUUGUAGCUUUCGGCAUUGACGCAAAAUGGGGUGGAUCUCGUGGAAGUUCGUCUCGCGGAAGUUCGUCUCGCGGAAGUUCGUCUCGUGGAAGUUCAUCCCGUGGAUCUUCGUGGUUUGGUGGAAGUUCGUCUCGUAGGAAGGAAACAUCUCACCCAAUUUCAAGCUCUAAAACAAACUGGUGGUCUAGUUCGAAGCCAUCGACAAACCACAACACAGGAUCAUCACACACGUUUUUGACCUCAGAACGUGGAGUUGGUUCAUCGUCAGUUCACCGCCCAUCAAGCUCGGGAUCGGAUCCAUUUCGAGGUGCCAGUGCUCCGUCAUUAAGUCACGGCAGCAACACCAACAACUCACCGUUGAGGCCAUUUGGCACUGUCCCACCUCCGAGACAUACUGGCAGCAGCACCAACAACUCACCGUUGAGACCAUUUGGCACUGUCCCACCUCCACCAAUCCACCGUAAUGAUUUUAACAAUAGACCUCUGACACCUCCACCCCCUGGAUUUGUUAUACCUCCUAAGCACACAUCGGUGACACAGAAAACCCCAAUAAUCACGAGACCCACAUCUCGCCCAGUUGUCCGUCAACCUAUUCAAAACCAUCGCAAUUCAACACCAAACUACGGUGCUCCGGCACCUGGUUUCAGAAGAAACGUAACUUCUUUCGGAGGAAGCAGCUAUCCCAGGCAGCCAGCGUACUAUGAUCCAACCCAAACAUACUUGCAGCCGCAGACAGUGUAUCCGCAUGGUAACAUACAACCGAUCCACAAUCACAUAUAUCCUCAGCAGGGAUCCGUUCUGCCUCCAAACCCUGCGCCAACCUAUGUGAUAUUACCGGGACAACAGUCUUAUAGUUCGGGCAGACAGACGGGAGACAUUUUCAAAGAGGCACUGAUACAUGCCGGCGUCAAUGCUGCCGUUCACAGACUAACAGCUCCCAGCUACUACGAUCACUACCAUCAGAAUUCCUGGAGCAGCUACGGUGUUCCUCCUUCUUCUCAAGGCAGCUAUGUGACAUCCACGCACAUAGUCAACAAUUACUAUGACCAGGGAUCUGGGGGUGCCCCGAUGAAUAAUGGAGGCGGUGGUUCCAGUUUCCCACCAAAUUACCCCGCGCAGAAUUACCCCAGCUUCUCUUCGGGUAGUUCGCAACCUGCGCCUCCACCUAGCGUUGGAUACCCAACUGGAAAUACUGGAAGUAACGGCAAUUCCGGACCUCAGGGUACGUUUGUUUCACCUGGAAAUCCCAACUCCGGGCUGCCGUCAAAUGGUAUUUCUUCUCCGUCCCAAAAUAAUGGACAGGGACAAUCAAAUCCCACCUACAACUGGCCUAUGGCAGUUUCUGAUGAAGAGUUGUGGAACAUUACUGAGAAACUAUUUAGCAUGGAUGAAAAUAAUGCCCAAAAGUAUAUCACCCUGAAUUUGCAGAACAAGACAACUGCUAACAGCACCAACAUCACAGACGCUUCUCCUCAGCCCUUGUUCAACAUUCAGCACGAGGCGUACCAGAUUCAGACUGUUCGAGCGAUUCGCUCUUUGUAUCAAGCAGCAUCUCAAGUAGAGAACAAGACGCGUGAAAACAGUAGAAAAGAAGAGGCGCUCUUAAUUGAUUUGUUACUGAACACAAACGUUAUGUCUGCGACAAUGGGAUUUUUGGAGAAGAAGAAUCUGAUAGGACGAGAUUAUUACGAACAAAAAGAAUCUCUGAAGCACAUAUGGUUCACCCCCUACGAUGGAUCCUCGUCAGGAUUCAAACGAGUAUUUCAAGGGGAAAUCAUCGGUGGUAAGAUUUUGUACGGCAUACAAGACUGGAUAGCGUUUGACUUUGCAGAAAAAUCCGGCCGUGCCAAUUACCUGAGUUACACCGAAAAAUUAGAACUAGGAAAGGCUCCUCAAACAGCGUCGAUUCUCAAAAUCAACUAUGAAAUUAGUGGAAUUAAAAAAAAUGGGACUUCCCUGUUUAUCGGAACUUCCCCGGAAUUGGAGCUGGCCCUAUACACUAUCUGCCACUAUGCAAGACCCAACAAUUAUUGCAAUAUCGCACUCGGGGGAACGCGUUUCAUGCUGUACACUCACACGUUCCGGUACUUCGGAGCUGACUUGAUCGACCUUGGCCUUCCUAUAGUGUAAUAUCAGAGUCAAGGAGUCUCGAGUUAUAUUCACUCAAAUUCUUCAUGAUAUCGCACAAUGAGAGUUUUCAGGAAAUUAAAAAAUUUUGUAUGUUUAAAAUGAUGUUGAUCCAUUUAACCACUCCACGGAAUUAAAAAUGAGUGAGUGAAAAAUUUCGCGGUAUCGGUUGUUUUUCUUUUUUUUUUUUCAUCUUAAUCAUAAGUAAAUAGCAGUUUUAGAUUGAAAUUUGAAAAAUGUGAAAUAGUACUGAGGCAAUGGUAAAACAUACACAAAUCAAAUCGAGAGGCUCUAGUGAGAUUUUGACCAUUCUCAAAAUCGACUAUGAAACGAAUUGGUGCACUUACCGUCCAGGGACGCAGCUAGGAAAAGGAAGGCGAGGAAUAGAAAAAUUCGGCAGUCUAUGUCGGUCGGUACUUCCCCAGAACUGAAGUUGGCACCAUACACGAUCUGCCACCGCGCAAGGCCCGAGACUAUUUUUAAAAUGUACACCCAGACUUUAGGGUGUUUCGGAGCAGACUUGGUCGGUCUUGGCUUUCCGCGGUGUGGUAUCAUAGUCGACGAAUCUCGGUUUACAAUUACACACUGAUGUAUCUCAGCAUUUACUCAAAUUCAUUUCCAUACACCGCACGAU